AUGUACAGCAUGCUGGAGACUGAGAUCAAGACGCCGCAGCCCACGCCGGGCAACGCCGGGGGCAACCCCGCACCGGGCAGCAACGGGAAAGGCGGCGGAGGCAGCGGGACCAGCAACGGGGCGGGAGCCGGUUCGGACCAGGACCGGGUGAAGCGCCCCAUGAACGCCUUCAUGGUGUGGUCGCGGGGUCAGCGGCGGAAGAUGGCCCAGGAGAACCCCAAGAUGCACAACUCGGAGAUCAGCAAGCGCCUCGGGGCGGACUGGAAGCUGCUGAGCGACGCCGAGAAGCGGCCUUUCAUCGAUGAGGCCAAGCGACUGCGGGCCGUGCACAUGAAGGAGUAUCCGGAUUACAAAUACCGGCCCCGGAGAAAGACCAAGACCUUGCUGAAGAAGGACAAAUACUCGCUGCCCGGCAACCUACUGGCCCCGGGAGGGGGCAACGCGGUGAGCAGCUCCGUCGGGGUGGGACAGAGGAUUGACACUUAUGCCCACAUGAACGGCUGGACCAACGGGGCUUACUCCCUGAUGCAAGAUCAGCUGGGCUACGGUCAGCACCCGGGCAUGAACAGCCCGCAACUGCAGCAGAUGCACCGCUACGACAUGACGGGCCUGCAGUACAGCCCCAUGAUGUCCACGGCCCAGACCUACAUGAACGCCGCCUCCACCUACAGCAUGUCCCCCGCCGCCUACGGCCAGCAGCCCUCCACGGCCAUGAGCCUGGGCUCCAUGGGCUCGGUGGUGAAAUCCGAGCCCAGCUCGCCGCCUCCGGCCAUCACUUCCCACUCGCAGAGGGCCUGCCUGGGAGACCUGCGGGAUAUGAUCAGCAUGUACCUGCCCCCUGGGGGGGACGCCACAGACCCUUCGGCCUUGCAGGGCAGCAGGUUACACAGCGUCCACCAGCACUACCAGAGUGCCGGGACUGGCGUGAAUGGUACCGUACCACUAACUCACAUAUAAACUUGGCUGCUCCGGACGGCUCCCCGUCUUAAUCCCUAACACCAUCGUUCACUGACUACACCGGGACGUACGGCAGUGUUGCUCGGCUUAGCAGACUUAUUACUAACUUUGGAGAAAUUUAAAAAAAAAGGAAUCCGUUAGUUGUGUCCUUUUUUUUGUUUGUUUUGUACAAAACUAAAGUAUUUGAGUAAGCUGUUAUUUUAAUAAGAGCACAACUUCUGCCUCCUAGAAGCCGUUGUGAAGUUUUUACACCACGGCAACUUCUUUCUUGGUUUCUGCUAAGUUGGGCACUGUUUUAUUCGCUUAAAAGUUUUUUAAAAGAUCUUGCAUCUUCCAGUUUGAUUUCUAGCGUUGCAAUGACAUUACAAUAAACCGGCGGGCUUUUGUUCUUAAACUCGGUUGUUCACAUUGUCGUUGUGGUUUUUCAAAUGU